AUGUCCACUUAUUUCGAAUAUCCGGACCCUGAAAUUCAAGAGGAACUAAAAAACAUCAUCAAGGCCAUCAUCGCUCCUGGCAAAGGAAUUCUUGCUGCUGACGAAUCUACAAAAACCGUGGGAAUACGCCUCGCGGCUGUCGAAAUAGAAAAUACAGAAGAAAACCGUAGAAAAUGGCGCCAGUUGCUUUUCACUGCUGACCCUGUGAUUUCUGAUAAUAUUUCUGGUGCAAUCCUGUAUCCUGAAACACUCUACCAAAAGGCAGAUGAUGGGACGCCAUUCAUCAAGCUUUUAGAAGACCGUGGUAUUAUCCCAGGAGUGAAAGUGGACACAGGUCUUGUUCCUUUAUUUGGGUCUGAUGAUGAACAUACUGCGCAAGGUCUUGAUGACUUAUCGAAGCGUUGUGCGAAGUACAAAAAAGAUGGCUGCCAUUUUGCAAAAUGGCGGUGCGUAUACAGAAUCUCUGAAACGACUCCCUCCUACCAGGCUCUCAUAGAGAAUGCGAAUGUCCUCGCGCGUUUCGCUUCUAUUUGCCAGAAUGAACGUAUCGUACCAUUUCUAGAACCUGAAGUUUUGACUGACGGCGAACAUGAUCUGGUGAGAACGCAGAAGGUGACGGAGCAGGUGUUGGCUCACUUGUACAAAGCACUCAGCGACCACCACGUCUACCUCGAAGGAACACUGCUCAAACCCAACAUGGUGAUGGCGGGUCGCAGUUGUAAGAUACAGUACUCACCACAGGAUGUUGCGCAGGCAACCGUCACCACAUUGCUCAGGACUGUACCUCCAGCUGUGCCGGGUGUCCUAUUCCUCUCGGGUGCUGGUCAAAACGAGGAGCAGGCGUCAGUGAACCUGAACGCCAUCAACACCGUGGACCUGAAGAAGCCCUGGACACUCACCUUCAGCUACGGACGCGCGCUGCAGUCCUCAGCAUUGCGUAUUUGGAAAGGCAAUAGCGAUAAUGUAACUCGAGCGCAAGAACUGUUGUUGAAAAGGGCUAAGGCAAAUGGUCUGGCUUCUCUUGGAAAAUAUGUACCUGGUUCUAUUGUUUAG